AUAUGUAUACAAAGUUUGUAUUACUAAUUUUUUAUCCGUGGUAAAUAGCUUGAUUUUGUAACUGUUGCAUUAAUAUUAAGCAAUCGUUUUAAGUGUAUUUAAAAUAAAGGAAAAUAUGAAGCCAAAGAGAAAAAGGUAUAAUGUGAGAAGAUCUUAUUCUUCUUUUUCUACACCUAAUAGAUACCAGAAUCGACAACAAAGUUGUCAAACGCAAAGCUAUCAGCAGCAAAAUCAUUUAUAUAAUUCUGGAACUCCGCAUAAUUCUGCACCUAUAGUAAUGGCUUAUGCACCUCAAAUUACUCCUAAUUUUUAUAAUAACGGCAACAGUUGGCCGUUUCAACCGCCGCGACAUUUACCAGCACCCUCGUUUGGACAACAAUCAUAUCAUUUUGGUCAACAAAACAAUAGUUCGCAAAUAAAUACUGCCUCUUUACAUCAUAAUGUAGUUAGUAGUACAACUCAGUUUUCAGUUCCACCACAUCCGUAUCAAUUCAAUUGUCCGACAAAUUAUCAGCAAGUUUCUAACGCUAGUCGCACUCAAACAAAUACGAAAGUUAUUGUUCCAAAAAGAAAGUGGAUUAAAGAGGACGCUAUACGAGCACUUGAUAUUGAAGAGGAACUAUGUAAACGAAAUACAUCUGCUCCAUAUUUAGUCAUUCGCUUUCCGGACAUACCACUGAAUUCUGAAUUAGUUAAAGGGUUUUCAGGUCAAAUUGAUGCAGUUCAUUUUCAAAAAAAUUCUGCACCACGGUUUUGUUUCGUUCGAUUGAAAGAAAAUGCCGACGCAAGAAAAGUGAUUGAAGAUAUAUCAAAAAUCCCAUUUGGACAGGGUCAUUUAUCUGCAGAGUUACGAUAUGAUCCAACCAAACCUCCAGCGGCUUCUAAACCAGAGCAAGUUGAUCCUUAUACAUUAUAUGUUGGGAAUUUGCCUUUAUCGAUAACGGUGGAAACAAUAAAACGACAAUUUCCAGGUGCGCUACGAUAUGAUCUUGCCUUUAAAUCAAAAACUAAACCUAUUAGGUAUGCUUUUAUUCGUUUUGAAAGUGUAGAAAAAUCAAUUGAAGCUUUUAAGCAUGGUAUAAAUUUGCAAAUCGAAGGCCGCUCUCUUGUUUUACGCUUUCGUAGAGCAAAGUUUAAUUCUACUGAAAACGUGUCCUUAGAAAAAGAUCAAACAAGUAAUAAAAGUACACCAAUUGUGGCCGAUUUAACAGAUAAAAAUGAUUGCAUAAUAACAAAUAAUCUAAAACCGAUACAAUCAAAUUUGGCAAGUGAUGGUAAAGUUUUAGUGAAAGCUGAAUACCUGAAAGAUUGUAUAAAGGAAGAACAAUAUGAUUCUGAGUACAGUUAUGAAGACGAAUGUUCAAGUACGUUUUGUGGUAAUGGCGAUGAUUUAGAGUUUCCCGCCAUUAAAAUAGAAAUGGAUGAUUUUGAUGAAACACACAAUUUAAAUUGUACUUCAUCACUCCAAUGCGUUUCAGAUGAUGGGGUAGAGCUUGGACAAAGAAUCUCUCGUGAUCACCUAUGCAAUUCUGUUCAUCGGACAAGUGAGGUGUCUAGCACUAUGACUUUACAGAACCUUGAUGAAAACGUAGACCAUGUGAAAAUGCAGAUUAUUAAUACGAAAAUGAAUGCCGUUGAACCUGAAAGGUCUAAGCCGUCAAUUGUAUCGAUUUCAGAAAAAAAAUAUAUUGAAAAUUUGUAUGAACAAUUAAACACUUCUAAAGUAUUUAAAAAAGAAGUACGAAGUGAUUUUGAUGACCUGGAUGCAAUGCUCAAAGAAAUCGAUUAAUCAUACAAAUGAAAUAUACAUCCUUUACUAAUAUUUGUAAAAUGGGGUGUAAAUAAUUUUUUAUAGUUUAUAAAUAACAUACAUAUUCAUAAAUAUUUCACAGUGUUCACAUGAUUUUGUCUUGUUUGUAUUGAAGGUGUACAGACAAUGAACCCGAACAAAGAAUUUCAAUUCAUUCUGGAGAAUUUUCCAAAACAUCGUUAUAAUAACAAUGUAUGAAUAAAAAUCAUCGAUUUAUCGAGCUACGUUUGAAAAUGGAUCAAAUUAACUGUAA